GUGCUUGCAGGGCUGAGCUGCCACUGAGGCUGCACCAUCCAUCCUGACAGCUCAUUCGCAAAAUGGACCAGGAAACCGUCGGAAGCAUUGUCCUGCUCACCAUCGUCACCUUGAUAAGUGUUGUCCAGAACGCUUUUUUUGCUAGCAAAGUGGAGCAUGAAAGCAAACAAUGCAACAGCAAGGGGUUCCAGCGGCCAGGAUCCUCCGCCUUCGACCGCGUCUACACUGCCAACCAGAACUGCGGACACACGUACCCUACGUUCCUGGCCAUGCUUUGGUGCGCUGGCCUUCUCUGCAGCCAAGCUCCUGCCGCCUUUGCCGGCCUGAUGUACUUGUUUGUGAGGCAGAAGUACUUUGUGGGCUACCUCGGGGAAAGGACUCAGAGCACUCCCGGUUACUUGUUUGGAAAGCGCAUCAUUUUGUUCCUGUUCCUCAUGUCCGUGGCUGGAAUACUCAACUACUAUCUCAUCUACUUUUUUGGAAGUGACUUUGAAAUGCACAUAAAAACGAUAACCGGUGCGAUCUCUCCGUUGCUGCUCAUCCCCUAGCUCCCUGCAGCACUUCGGGGGUCAGCAUGCUUAAUAUAUCGAUACCCAGAAGCAGCCAUAAUUCAACUGUUUAAGAAAUGAACCUGUAACCCUUUUAGAUUGCUGUAAAUCUCAUGCUUGAUGGGCUUUGUAGUUUGAUUUAACCUUGCUUUUUGCUUUAGGAAAAAGAUUUAUUGUGAGCACUCAGCAUGCCCAAGGAAUGGUAAUAACUUCCAGUUAAUUCUUUAGAGUUUUUUCCCUAAACUGCAGCUUGCAAGAUGACUGCGUGACUGGAAGGGACAUUGUAUGCUUGCUUCA